AUGUCAAUACUGACAGCACAGCGCUCAUGUUUGAGCUGUCACUCUCGAAAGGUGCGAUGUGACCGAGUCGCACCUCAGUGCUCUCCAUGCAAGAAGCGGGGGCUGGAGUGUGAGAUGCCUGAUCCUCCACCUCGGCUGCUUUGGCUGCGACCACUGACGGGAGUCCAUGAAGACCCAGGGGAGGAUUUCCAUGCAAGACGAGAGCUUCUUUUCGGAAAAUUCUGCAAUUUGGCCUCGUCAACUGGCGAGAACUCCAUCGUGUCGAUUGUGGAAGAAAUCGACCAACAAAGCGAAAACAUCUCCUUUAAUCAGAUACUAAGUAAUGGACCUUUCCAUAUAUUUCAAAAUACGGAGAUGCAACCUGCCCAUCUCGAUACCCUGUCGGAGAUCCUCGGUCCUGAGUUCUGGGAUACUUCAAUCACAGAUAUCGACCUUUUGGCCCAAGAUCGUCCUGAUGAACUUAUUAGCUUGGAGAUCCCGAAUAUCAUUAGCUUUGGGCCAGAAUUGCAAACAAAUUCCUUAGACCUGCCUGUGUUUGGCGAAUUUGGUUUCCUCUCCGCAGGCACACCUGCACCAUUGAGCCCACAAUCAAUUUCCUGUGGAGAGUCGCCAGCAGAUCUGACUGACUUCGCCCUCUCGACAGCUAAGGAGUUACUUGGUCAUUACCGAGAGACUUUGGUCGCAUUCUUCACCCCCGCACGGGUCGAGUCGCAGUCCCCGUGGGAAACAAUGUACAUUCCUAGCGUGUUCAGCACAGUGGGCGAGAUCGGACUGUCUGGAAAUAGCAGCAACGCCAAAGUAUCUCUUCUUUUCGCGAUCUUCGCCAUCAGCGCCUUCAGCUUAGAUGGACUUAAUCGCGUAACAGACGCGUCGGGAAGCCAAGACUGGCGUGCACUCGGAGAGAUGUAUCGCGAAAGGGCCAAAAGGCGAUUAAAAAGAUCGCUGAAGGAUCUCUCUUAUGUUAUCGGGCGUAAAAAAGAGAAAUAUAAAGACAUUCUGAUGGCUCUGUUAAGUAUGGUGACAAUUUGUGUGGUGAGUGGCAAUAUGAGAAACGCGGCACACUAUUUGAGCGUUAUCGAGAAGAUUAUCAAUCUGCAUGGUAUGCGAAAAGUUGCUCGCUCAUCCAAAGUUCGAAUGCUUCAUAGCAUUUACCUCUACCUCCGGGUAUUAACCGAGCGUGCUUGCGCCGACGACCAACAGUCAGAACCAGGCGCAACAGAACACCGAGAAGCACACUUAGAUUCUUCAUUUUCACAGCUUGCAAAUUGGGAUCAAAUCCUCGGGUUUCCGUCGUCUAUGUCAAGUUCUGAUGCUUCGGAAUUUGACAUAAUCCCAAGCCAUAUCCCAUACAAGUCAGCAUUCGAGGAGAUAUACUCUGUACCACAAUCACUGUUUAAGCUCAUUCUUCAAACAACGCAACUGGCAAAACACGUUCAAAAGUUAGAGAGUGUUGACCGGUCAAAGCUCACUGACCACGAUGCACUCGCGAUCAAGGUCAAAAAUGAUCUGGAAUACCACCGCGCAGCAAAUACUCCCCAGAAAGAGGAGUUUCCCUAUCAUCUCGUUCAGGCAGUACAGAAGGCCCUGUUCAUCUACUUUUACCGCUGUAUCAGAGAUCUUAAUCCAGCUACAUUGCAGCUUUACGUCCGACAGACCGUCUACCAUCUGCUUGAAUAUGAUAAGCAGAAGCAGAAUUACAAAGAUCAGUCAUCCAAUACCUGCUGGCCAGGAUUCAUCGCGGGAUGCGAGGCACAAGAUCCUCAUGUCCGUGAAGAGAUUGCCAAUUGGCUUGAUCGAUCUGGUCAUUCUACUGGCAUUCGCAUGUUUACUGUGGCUCGUGAGGCUGUACAGAAGGUCUGGCAGACUCGAAGUUACCGUGGUAUGGAAAGUGUUCCCUGGAAUCAGGUGCUAGACAAAUACAGUGACCUCAGGGUUUUAGUACUAAGCUAA